AUAACAUCUGCCAUAGAGGCAGGUGCUCGGGAGUUGACUGCUAAGACCAUCAUUGGGAAAGAGGACAUCGAAUCGGCUGUUAUUACUGGAAUGGACACUAUUGAUUCAGCGACAGUAGCUAGUGCGCGGGAAUUUUCGACACAUCUACGGGAAUUACAAUCUAUUAGCAACAAGGUCAAAAAAGAUCUUACAGGCAUCAAGACACAAAAGGAGGUCGAGGAUUUCACCCUGCAAUGCAACGUUGCCACAGGGGAUGAUGAUGAGGAGGAGGAGGAGGAAGACAAUGAGAAUGAGGAGGAGGAGCAAUAUGAGAAUAAGGGGUAAAUGAGGAUGAGGAUGAUGUUUUUAAUGCUUAUGACAAUUAAGUGUGUUUUGCUAUAUAUAAAAAUGAUGUUAGAACAACAAGACAAGGUAAAGUUACAUACAGUGAAAAGUAUACUCGUAAAAAAGGAAAAAUUAUCAAAAUUUAAUGCGAUUCCAUUUUUGUUCAGAAAUAAGCAUUGAAUCAUUACAAGUCUGAAGUUUUUAGUUGAAGGCUAUGCAUAAAACAAAUGAAUUAUAAAUUUGGUUAUGUAUUUCAUGUUAAACUUAUAUUUCAUACAUAUAAUUACAAAAUUCACAAAUAUUACCAACCAUCCAGUGAUGAUAACGAGUUUAUUCAAAAACUUAUAUUAAAAAAGAUAGUUUAACGUGUAGGUUUUGUGAUUCAAUGAACGUCGUCAACUGAUUCAAAACAGGUUGAAUGUGUUUGCACUCAAUAUUUAAAUGUCCUGUAGUUUUAAUAUUGUAAUCGCAGUUGUCUCAUAAGUUAAAGUUUGAUAGUUUGCAUUUGAGAAGAAAUGUAUAUGUCGCGAUAAUUCUAUUUACGUAUUCGUACUGGAAAAUCGUAAGUGGGAUUUCGAUUGUUGUUUUGGAAGACAUAAUAUCUGUCCAUUUCAGAUAAUGCCUCUGAAUACACAUUUUAUUCCAACCUUGUAUAGUUCGAUGUUAUUAUGUUUCAUUUGUAUUCCGUAUAAUAGUUUAAUUAAUUGACAUUUUUCUAAUAUUUUUGCAAAAAUAUAAUAAUAAGCGUGUUAUAUCUGUGUAUAUGAUAGUUUAUAUGUGAAGGUAUAUGUUAUAUUACUGUGUAAUACAAAAUGAAGUUUCUUGCAGAUAUUUCACACAG